AAAGAUCCAGCGUCAGCAAAGCGUCGUAGUCUUUUGAUCGAUUGGGAGAAGGCCUUCGAAGAAGCUGGCCUCCCGCCCCCUCCAAGUCCUCCCGAAAUCCUUCGGCAUCCCCAGAGAGACGUUAAUAACGAAUUGGCUAUUAACUACAAAGAGAAGUCUAGAGACUUUUGUGUGGUGUGUAAGAAGCCUCUCUAUGCGGCAGAGAGUCGAGCCUAUGAUGGCUUUCUCCUCCAUCCGCGAUGUUUCCGUUGUGUAGAAUGCCAGCGUCCACUUCGGCCGGACAUUGCACGUUGUCAAUAUCACCCCAAAGACCCCAAAUUCUACUGCACUAUCCAUUUCCAUCCUACCCCCAAGAAAAUCUCAACUUCAGGCUCCUCAAAUAUGCCAGCUCGAACACUUGUGGCCUCCAAACCCCGCACCUCCAACGCACCAAGUCUCUUCUACAAUCUAGUCAAUUCUACGCCUCCCUCUUCAAGGCCACAUCGAUGUGCUUUGACUGGUGACGGCACAUCUUCCAAUGCUAGUUCCCUGAUCUCGGAUGUUACCACUGACAUCCAACCACGUGCUGCACGUCGUCGGCAGAUCAACAACCGCCGUUGGUCCGUUCUACGUGGUAUCCGAGACGAACCUGCACCUCCGGUACUCCUCAAUGCCCGAAAUGGGGUCCCUGGAACCCUUGGACUCCCUGAAUGUAUUCGACGGGCGGCCUUUGAUGAGAGACUCUAUCGUCUGAAUGGAUCUCUACAACCUGCUGAUUUUCUAAGUGAUAUUACGUCAUACCUUCUUGAUGACAAUGAGGACUUUUUUGCAUCAACCGAAGAGGACUUAUCUGAUCUCAAUACUACAAGCAACAUUCUCUCCUCAGGCUUUGAUGAAUCUCCACUAAUUAGUAUGGAGGAGGCAACUCACCUGUGCCGAAUUCGACGUGAUGAAAACUUAUACCUCCGCCAUCAUCCACCCACUGAAAGUUCUUCAGAAACUUAUUCAGACGACUCACAAAGUGACGAGGACAGCCGAAUUUCCUCGGCGGAAAUUUUCGACACUCCCGAACAAGCUCCUGAAUACGCCAAUGCACGCUGGACUCUCAUGCGGCCUCACUCUCCAGGCGACUCUAAUCCCCCUCCGACCAAUUUUAAUUCUCCCACGAUUACUAAUAUCAAUUCAGUUGAAUCAUCCCCUCUUGUACAAAAGUACGGUCUUUCCGCCCCCAUACUACUUGCUAAACAGCGUUUCCUGAUGGCCGAUCCCGAGCCUAUCCGUAUUGAUUCAGUGGCUUUUCGUGCAAGCAAGAACAAGGAGCGUACAACCGAGACUACACUUCCUGAUUGUACUGAGGAAGUGAGUUACAUUCCCGGAGUAAUUGCCAUCACUCUGCCUCUUAUAGAUGUUCUGGAACCCUCGUCGACUUUGCUAGACCAUUACACUUCAUCUGAACUUGUAGCAAUCACCCCUCAAGUCUCUUCCCUCCCUACCUACCUCAAUCUACCGGUACUUAACCUACCUAUUCAACCAAUGAUCUCCCUCUCACCUUUAAACCCUCCUAUAUCUGACACUGUGAAUUCAUCUAUAGUGGAGGAAAAUGAGUUCAUGGCAUUUGAUCAGAGCAUCGAAUCAAGGCCUGUAAGAAAUGGCACUAUCACAAUUGUAGAUACACUUCCACACUUGACUUACCCCCUUCUAAAACGGUCUUCCACAAUGUUGAGUGAAACCUACGGUUCAGAAGCAUUUGAUGGUUCCACGGUUGUUAGUGAGUACAACUGUGUUCUAGAACCUAGCUCACACAGAAACGGUACUGUUAGUGCUACCGUAUCUCUUGUGUCAAGUAGCUCAGAAUCUGAGUCAGAGAGUGAUGAUGAACUUGUACUCCUUCAGAAGUCUGUCAUUUAUCCACCAACAGAACUUAGUCAACAGUUAAAGGAAAACAUUGAUCAGGUUUCCAGACACGAGGCUGUUCCACUGUAUAUGCUGACCUCGAGGUUGGAUUCUGAUGAUGACCAGAGACUAGUGAAUCCUCAUGAGGCCUUAGAUUAUCAAGAUGAUGAGGAAGAAGAUACAACGGAAAGUUCUUCUGAAGAUGACUCAUCUCUUCCACCAUUUACUGGUGUUCAUGCAAAGGAGAUAGCCGCAUUAAAAACUCGACUUUCUCAACUUGAAAAUGAGAUGCUUGAAUUAGAGGUUCAAGGUGCUCUAAAGGAGCGAGCUCUUAGAGGGCUGGAGGAAUCAGCAGCUCAACAUGCAGAAUUGUAUUUAGGAUUUCAGACCUCAUCCACAAGUGAGCCAGACCUAUCUGUCAAUACCUCUGCUAAGCGUGAAGCGAAUUCUCGGUGGCGGUGGUUAAAGUCCAAGCGAAACGGAAAUCGAAUCACACGUAACUCGACAUGCAAUCGUCUAGAGAUGCCUGAACAAGAGAUGAAAGAAUAUCCAGAAAAAGCCCAGAUCUUUUCCGAAUUGCUUUCUCUCAUCUCUCAGAGGAAUAAACUCGUUACUCAGGAAGCGAUCAUCAUGGCAGAGUUGAAGAAAAUAGAGCUGGAAGCUUAUGAAGAGACCCUUCAAAAGGCUUACGACUCCUUGAGACAAAAUGGUGAGACUAAAGAUGUCAAAAUCGGCAGAGCAUUUAAACGUCAUGGCGCUGGGAAGUUAAAAAAGGAGCGUAUCUAUCCGUCCAAUAGAGAUCCUAGUAGUGAAACAAAGGAGAAAAUUCUUCUGGAUGAAAUCCGAAAGGUUUCGUUAGAGAAGACAGCUUUGACAGCUAUUCAGAGCGAGACUAUUCAACUUGAUAAUCUUCAGGAGAUGAGUGUUCGAGGGGUUCUUAGUCGAGGUGCAAAAGCGCUCCGUUCUAUUUUCUCCCCAUCUUCCCGCUCCACCGCUGCUACCACUACUAACAGUAAUACUACGACCACUACUUUCCUAAAGAACGUGACGUCUGAUGGCACAAAGCAUUACAAUCGACGUGGUGUUCAUGGCUCCAGCUCUGCCUACUUUCAGAGAGCUAGCAUUUAUGAUUAA